AUGGCCAAACUCAUAGAGAAGUUUUGGCGUCUUGAAGAAGCGUGCUUUCAAGACUGGGAACCAAAGCAACAUGACGAAUGCGAGGCGGAAAGUCACUUCCGCACAACGUUAGAGAUCGCUCCCGACGGGAGAUACAUUACACGAAUGCCCCUACGGGGGGAGCCGUCAUCGUUAGGCGACUCUUAUCAACAAGCAUAUAGAAGAUUCACAUCGCUUGAGCAAAGGCUCAAGCGGAAUGCAGACCUGUACAAAGAGUACAGGGCUUUCAUGAAUGAAUAUGAAACACUGGGACAUAUGGUACCAGUCACCACAGAAGACUUUCACAAAGUAAAGUAUUUCAUCCCUCACUCGUGUGUGGUGAAACCAGAUUCAACAUCCACCAAGGUUAGGGUGGUGUUCGACGCAAGUGCAAAGACGUCAACCGGAGUAUCCCUGAACGAUAUACAAAUCGUGGGACCAACCAUUCAAAAGGACUUAUUUGAUCUGCUAAUUGAUUUCAAGACGCACAACGACGUGCUAGUAGCAGAUAUUGCAAAGAUGUACAGACAAAUUCACAUCGCAUACACAGACACUUGGUUACAAUGUAUUUUGUGGCGCGACAGCCCCAAUGAUCAAUUGAAAGCGUAUAGACUGACGACUGUCACAUAUGGUGAAGCGUCUUCAUCAUUCUUGGCCUGUAGGGCACUACACGAAGCAGCUGAAGAUUAUCGGUCGGUAAAUCCGAGAAUUGCCGACACCAUUCAACGAUCGUUCUAUGUUGACAAUCUAAUGAUUGGAGCGUCCAACGCAGAUGAACUGACGGAGACGAAACGAGAAAUAGAGCAUGCAUUGUCACUUCAUGGAUUUCCACUUCGAAAGUGGGCAUCAAACAACGCAAGCGUACUGGAAGGAAUUCCAGAGAAAGACUUGGAACCAUUGAUCCAAGUUGGUGACCAAGAGGUCAUAAAGACAUUGGGGAUAGCCUGGAACCCCAAAACAGACGUGUUCCAGUUCAUCAGUACGAAAAACAUAGGUGAAACAUACGAAGCGCUCACAAAGCGACAGAUGGUCUCGAAGAUUUUGAGACUGUAUGACCCAAUCGGAUUGAUACAACCUGUAAUCAUUACAGCUAAAAUAUUGAUGCAAGAAUUGUGGACUUAUAACGUCAGCUGGGACGAUGAUGUUCCAGAUCAAGCACUAAGCUCAUGGAAGAAGUUCGAAGCUUCAUUAGUGGAGCUCAGCAAGAUAGAAAUACCUCGGAUGUCGACUCCGAGUCAUACGAUCGCACUAGAUUUACACGGAUUCAGUGACGCCUCCGAAAAGGCUUAUGGAUGCGUCAUUUACUUACAUGCAAUCAACUUAAAAGGAGAAGAGAGUACGAAUCUCUUAUGUUCGAAAUCGAGAGUGGCGCCUUUGAAGAAGGUCACUCUGCCCCGUCUGGAACUCUUGGCGGCGGCACUUCUAGCAGAACUAACUGCUAAAAUAAAGAGCAUUCUGGCCGGUCGAAUCUCGUCGGAAUAUUACUACAGUGAUUCACAAGUAGCGCUAAGUUGGAUCAAAUCUUCAAAUACACGUUGGGGAACCUUCAUUAGAAAUAGAGUGCAGAAGAUACACUCCACCACGAAUCCAGAGCAUUGGAAAUAUAUAUCUACGAAAGAAAAUCCGGCUGAUAUGGUUUCGAGAGGAAUUCCAGUCAGAAAAUUACGCGAAGCAAAACUAGAAUUUUGGUUACACGGACCGGAAUGUAUACGAAGAAGACAAUAUUAUCUGCAGAGCGGCUACGAAUACACUGCUGCUGCAGAACAGGAAGAGAUUAAAGAACCAAUAACACGAUUGGUAGCAGCAACAGGAAAGGCAUGCGAAGACUUAAUCGCAAAAUACCCGCACCAUCACACUCAUGACAAAACAGUAAGACACUUUGCAUGGCUGUGUAGAGCCAUAAACAAUAUGAAGAAGGUCAAUAAAGACACAGGCAUCAGAAACGAAAAGAGAUCGGGCCCACUCACCACCACUGAAUUGAAUGAAGGACUAACACUCGUAGUCCGAAUUAUGCAAGCCACUAUUUAUCCAAAUGAAGUAGCGGAAUUACGAAAAACUGGGAAGGUGCCUACGAAAGGACCUUUCCAGCAUCUCAACGCAAUCGUCAGAAAUGGAGUCAUACAUGUCACAGGGAGACUCCACAAUGCAGAAAUGCCCAUCUCACAAAAGAAUCCAAUAUUGAUUCCCAAAUCGCACCCAUUUUCGAGGGUAAUAAUUCAAAAAAUACAUGAGGAUAGAUUUCACGCCGGAACAGAUCUGGUAAUAAACGAAUUUCGACAAAGAUUUUGGAUGAGGGAUCUCCGAAGGACCGUACAAGGAGUCAUUCAACGAUGCAUCUUAUGUGCCAAAGCGCGGCCCAGACGUUUACAGCAACGAAUGGGACAACUGCCCUCGCCCAGGGUAAAUGAAUCAGUAGCGUUCACUCACACGGGAGUGGACUUAUGUGGGCCAUUCGAAGUAUAUCUCAAUCAAAAAUCGAAAUGCAAGACCACAGCAUAUGCUUGCAUCUUCAUAUGUUUUGCGACCAAAGCAGUUCACCUAGAAGUCGUCGAAGAUCAGUCGACGGCAGCGUUCAUAUCAGCACUUCUCCGUUUCACAUCAGUGAGGGGAAUACCCGAGGUUAUUUACUCCGACAAUGGGCGGAACUUUGUCGGGGCCAGCAGAGAACUCAAUCGUUUACGAAGAAUAUAUAACAAUGAAGUUUUUCAAAACAAAUUAGUUGAUAUUGCGGCAACUCACAGAAUAAGAUUUUCAUUCAUUCCACCCCGAAGCCCCAGCUUUGGAGGACUUUGGGAAGCGAACAUAAAGGUAGCCAAGCGGCUCUUUAGUGCAGCGGCCAGAGGAGCACAGCUAAACAUCAUGGAAUUGCAGACACUGUUCUACCAAGUGGCCGCAAUAAUGAAUUCGCGACCACUCACACCUGUUUACACGACGCCAGAUUCACCGACCGCGAUCACACCCGGUCAUUUUUUGAUAGCACGCCCAAUGCUAGCCGUGCCCAUCCCUACGCAGAGUGAGGAUGGAAGCAAUCUCACAACCAGAUGGAAACGAGUACAAUCGCAGCUCGAACAAUUUUGGAGAAGAUGGAGAGACGAGUAUCUCCACCAGUUACGUGAUUAUGCAAAAUGGACCAAGCAACAAGCCAACGUUAAGGUAGGCCAAAUCGUAUUGAUCGGAGACGAUCACCUUCCCGUAGCAAGGUGGCCUAUGGGAAUUGUCACACAAAUACACCCUGGAGAUGAUGGAGUAGUCCGAGUGGCAGUAGUGCGAACCGCUACCGGAAUUUACAAACGCAACGUGCGAACACUUGCUCCUCUACCAGUCGAGGAGCACACCAUUCAACCCAUUAUAGAAGAGUAUGACAACACAGCUGAUAACGAACAGCAAUCUCAAGCCGAAGCAAUCGAACUAGAAGACGAUCCCCCUCCCCAAGCACCCCAAAUGAUUUGGGACGGUAGACUACGCCCUCGUCCCAAAGGGGGGAGAAAAUGGAAGUACACGAAAUCAGAUUGGGUGACGACCCUAUGA